AUGAUUGAUUUGCUCAAGACUGCAGUGGACAAGGCACUUGAGAGUGACAAUGGACACCUGGACCUUUUCCUUCGCUUCCUUCUCGACUGCAGUAUCACUGAAGAAGGAUAUAAAACUCUGACUUCAUCUCUGAAGUCAAACUCACACCUGACAGAGCUGGAUCUCACAGGAAAUGAUCCUGGACAAUCGGGAGUGGAGGGGCUCAUUGAUAUAGAGUGGGAUGAAAGCUGUAAAUUAAAGACCAUCAGGUUUUUGAAAAGUCUUGCUGCAGAGGAAGCAUGUAAGCACCUCACUGAAGUACUGGGUACAACCCCAUUAGUAUUAAAAGAACUAGAUCUGAGUGAAGGUAAAUUAGGGGACCUGGAUUGGGAGAAACUCUCUGCUCUUUUGAUGGACUCUCAUAGCAAAGUAGAGAAAAUGAAAGUUGAAUAA